GUACGAAACACUUGGAAUGGCUUUUGCUUUAUAUAAUUGCAAAUAGUUGUAAUAUAUUUAUUAAAAUUUUUAAACUGAUUUAUAUAAAGAACCAGUUUGCUUAAAUUGUUGAUUAACAAAUUUCUGCAAGUAUUUCAUAGUACUGAAAAAUGAGUAUGUGAGUUCCUAUGAGUACUAAAGUCGGAUUAUAUUAAUAGUAUUUUGUUCGCAAGAGAGAAAAUUGUGAUAUACUGCGUUCUGUUAUACAAUGGAUUUUUGGGAAAAAAAUAAAGAAGAUAAAGAAGAAUCCGAAGAAGAAGAUUACCACAAGAAAUUUUUAAAUGGGUUGCAGCAUAUGAAAAAAAAACUUGAAGUUCAAAUGAAAAGAGAUGAGAAGCUGCGAAAAGAAAUAUUGUUUAAAGAAAACUCUGAUGACAGCGAUGAGUAUCUAGAUGAUGAUGAGGAGAAAACAAGUCACGUGGGUCCUACAAGAGAUUAUCUUAUUGAAUUGCACAGACUUUGUGAUAAGCCAUCCAUGGAAGAAGAAGAGAAAGGCGAAAAAAAAGACAAAAAAGAAGCAAAAGAAAUAAAAAAAAUAGAAGAAGAAGAGGAAGACGAAAAAGAAAAAGAUAAGGAGGAAGAUGGAAAACCGAUAGAUGUAAGUGAAGAUGAAGCGUCUGUCGAUAGCAACACUUGAGUUGGUAAAACCGAUUCUAAAAACCAUCAAUUGUGAUAAAUAUUAAUAUGUAAAUACAAGAAAAUGUAAAAAGUGAUUGACAUAUUUUUGAAUAGAAAAAAAUUUUGUUUUAAAGCAUACAAUUAUUAUCUGCUCUAUUCUCUCUAUAUUUGAAAGU